AUUGCAAGCUAAAGGUCCAUGCAAUGCGGUAGAACCUCUCUCUCUCUAUAUAUAUAUCGAUGGUUCCUGAAGGAAGUUUUCCGAACAGACGCUUGCACAAUGUCGCCUCCUGCUGCACCAGGGAUUCUUCCUUGCCCACCAGAUGGACAUGAUCAUGUUGGCCAAACUCCUGAUGGGGGAAACACAGAAACGAACCAUCCUAGCGCCAUAGAUCAAGGAGUAGUCGAAGAAACUUCUGGCGGGAGAACAGAAACGAACACUGCUAUUAGUGCCGACGAUCAAGUAGUCCAAGAAACUUCUGGCGGGGUCACAGAAGAAGCAGACAAUGCUACUGGUGGCAACGCAGGGAAUACCCAAGUGACGGACAUACUGGGACUAAUCCACCGUCUCAUCAGAGGAAGGGCUGCACCGAAUGGCGGGGCCGUCAGCUGCAAAGUAAAGGAGAUAGUACUAUCAUGCACCAUCGUCGUUGAUCCGGAGGUGGAUGCUUCUGAAGGCAACUAUGAUUUUGAGCUGACCAUUGGCAAGAGUUACCCAGACCACUUAUCUCUGAAAAACCUAAGCGAUCCUCUCAAGAUAUUCACCACAUCCGUGUUUGAAGAUGUCAAAACUAAGGUGGUCCGUAAGUGGGAAAACAAGGGUACAUUGGAGAAUAUCCUUGAAGAACUAAAGAUUGAGCUACAAAGGCAAAAGGAAAUCAAAUUAAACUGAUGCUGGGGCCGGUGAUGCAUUGAUACCGGCCUUAUCUGGUCCAGUGAAGUUAGUUACAUUUCAUGUUUUCGUGUUAAUCUCGAUAGACGGAUUUGGUUGUAAUAAUUUGACGCGCUUCUCUCAGGAUUCGCACACUUUUACUUAUCCAAUGAACCAUGCAAUCUAUGUUUCUUGCAUGCAGUUACUGAUGUCAAGCUCUCCAUGAUUUGUAAUAAUUCGAUGCUCCUUAUGGGAUAACCACGACUAGCUGUAAAAGAACCAUAUAAUAAUGCAAUGUGUUGCUCUUCAAAUGA